AUGGUAGGCUUCCUUAGGACUCUGGUGGGAGCUUCGGCUUUGAGCGUCGCGUGGAGCAAGCCUCUGGCUCGCCGCGCCUUGCAGCUGCACGAGGCUCGCGCGAUGGCACCGACUGAUUACACGCUUUACUCGUCUGCGUCGCCCGACACGGUACUCAACCUACGGAUCGCGCUGGCUCAGAACAACGUUGACGGGCUUAUUGACACCCUCUAUGAUGUCAGCGAUCCGGAAAGUUCCAACUAUGGACAGUACCUGUCGAAGGAGGAGGUCGAAGCUUAUGUCAAGCCUACGGAAGAGAGUGUGGACGCCAUGAACGCGUGGCUCAGUGAAAACGAGCUCGUGGCAACGCCCUUAUCACCUUCUGGUGACUGGAUUUCGGUUGAUAUCCCAGUCAACAAAGCAAAUGAUAUGCUCGACGCGGAUUUCUCUGUCUUCACGCACAAGGUCACCGGCGCGCAGACCGUUCGGACACUUCAAUACUCGAUCCCCGUCGACUUAGCUCCCCAUGUGGACCUCAUUCAUCCCACUGUCACGUUCCCUGUCGAGGUGGUGAACAAGGCUGUACCUGCUUUGGCUGCGGUCCCAAAUCCCUAUAGCCAGGCCGUCGCGCCUGACGCGAACAUCUCCGCCGUCUGCGGGCCGUACAACCUGCCGAACAUCACGACGGCAUGCCUCCAAUACCUCUACGGCAUCCCGACUACUCCUGCCACUGCCUCCGGCAAUGGCAUACUCGUCGCGGGUUAUGUUGAGGAAUACGCGAACGCGGAUGAUCUGAAGAUAUUCCUAGAGCGGUACAGGCCAGACGUGGAUCCUUCGACAACCUUCGCUACCGAAACGAUUGACGGAGGCGAUAACCUGCAGAACGUCACCGCUGGAUCUGAAGGAAACCUGGACAUCCAGUACACUGUAGGCCUCGCCACCGACGUCCCGGUAACCUACCUCUUGGCCGGGGAAGACACCCAUGAUGGCCUGUCCGGAUUCCUCGACACGGCCAACUAUGUCUUGAACCAAACAUCGAUCCCUCCGGUCAUGACGACGAGCUAUUCCUCCAACGAGGACGUGAUUUCGGAGAAGCUGGCUUAUAAUCUCUGCAACGCGUACGCUCAGCUCAGCGCGCGCGGCGUGUCGAUCUUCUUUUCUUCCGGCGACGGCGGCGUGUCGGGUACCGGCUUCCAGGACUGCACGACGUUCGUGCCUACCUUCCCGAACACCUGCCCAUACGUGACCUCGGUAGGUGCCACUGGUGCGGACAUCAACUGGGCCGACCAGGGCGGCGUGCCCUUUUCGAGCGGCGGCUUCUCGAAUUACUUCCCUACGCCAGCCUUCCAAUCCUCUGCCGUCGCAGGCUUCCUCGCGCAACUCGGCAGCAAUGACACGGGGUUGUACAACGCGUCUGGCCGCGGCUUCCCGGACGUGGCCGGCUUCGGCGUAUUAUUUGCGACCGUGGUCGAUGGCGCGUAUGCGCCCUCGACGGGCACGAGCUGCUCGACGCCGAUGUGGGCGAGUAUCGUCGCGCUGCUGAACGACGAGCUGCUCAAUGCGGGUAAACCUGUGCUCGGCUUCCUGAACCCGUGGUUGUACUCGAAGGCAGCGGGCGCGCUGACGGAUAUCGUGAAAGGAAACAACAAAGAGUGCCAAGGACCUAAUGGGACGGCGACUGGCUUCGUGGCGACGACAGGGUGGGACCCUAUCACGGGCCUUGGGACACCUAUCUACGACAAAUUGCGAGCAGCUGCAGGGCUCUGA